AUGACCUCUAGAGCCUUCAAACUGAAAGGCCUCUCUGAACAAGUCCGCAACGACUUUAUUAGAGAUGUUAGAGUAAGGCUACAUGCUCGCUUGGUCAGAGAGGCUGAGGAAAAGGCCACGAAGGAAGCAGAAGAGAAAGCUCACUUGAAAGAAGAGCAACGAAUCAGAGAAGUUGAGAAGAAGGCUACUACUAAAGCUGUUAUUGCUGAGGCUGAGGCAAAAGUAGAAGCCGAAGCUGAAGAGGUAGCACACAUUGCUGCAGAGGAAGCUGCAAAGACCAGUGCUGAUGCUCUGACUCGGGGGGAGAAAUCUAACUCUGGUUUCGCCCCUCUGGUCUUGAAAACUCUAGAGGAGCUUCAAAAAGAACAACAAGUUGUGAGAGCAAGGUUGGAUCACCAGGGCUCCGUCAACAACAACAUUUAG